AUGACCGACUCAUUUCGCCCUUCGAUUGCCAGAUGUCCGCCUCUCCGGCAGGCCCGGGGGACGGUGCUUAAUACUAUAAUGGAGGAGGAUACACGCAACUCACAGUUCGCAGGGAAUAGCUCUGGCAGCCUAUCCCUAUCUAAACUUCCACUCAAACAGACCAGCCCGCGAUUGAAACUGAAAACUACCGGCCUAUCGGGGCCUACUAAUGCCCGCCGACUCAUGUCUCCCCUCUCGGCUGGAACAACCUCAUCUUGCUCUGAUACGGAGUGGCAGCAUCAGGUUCAAGAAUUUGAUGACCUGUAUGAUGCCACCGAUGAUGAGAUCGACACCGAUGACAAUUCAACCGAUUUGAGCGACAGCUGCUUCUCUCCUUCCAGUACGAAACGAUCGAGUCUGGAGACUCCCAUUACGCGAACUUCAAUGACCUCGACAAGUAGUCGGAAACAUUAUUUGACCCCCCUCGAGAUUCCUCCGACCUCAGUAUGGCCAUCCAUGACCGGGGCUCACAAAAGUUCGCCAAUCCCUCCCACGCCUCCUCCCAAGAUCCCAGUCUCUCCUGCGGCGCUCUCGAUUCUCGCGCGGGCUGUGCCUGCGUGCCAUGCGCCGCCUUCUCUGGAUGGGAGUAUUUCGUCGGACCAGGAAUCGAAUCUCAGCGCGUUGGCAACCCCGGACACCCACUCACUUCCUGAUACCAGCUGGGACGUCCAAGAUGUCCAUGUUCGACCUGAUGUAGAUGGGAAUGAGAAUGGAGAAGAUAAUUCCGAUGAGGGCAUAGACACCAUUCCUAUCUCCAUUGAGAGUUCCCACGACGACUGGCGACAUGUCCUGGGGAGUUUCCCGCAAAUCCCUUCCACGCCUCGCAAUCGCGUGCCUUCGCCGUGGCAACAGGACGAUGAACUAUCUCGGGAGCCUACACCGUCUGAUCGAGGAGUUUACCUUCCUGACGAUGCAUUUGCCAUGUUGCAGCAUAUUUCCCAUGAUCGUACUCCGGAGUCAUGGUCAGAGACCUCCGAGGGUAACGAUGAGAUGUCGCAGCUCCAAAUUGCCCCCAGUCGGCCACGCAGUGCGGACGGAGUCACUCCAGCGUCUGACACAUCAGGCUACAGUUUCAGCAAUCUGAGCAUUCCGUCUCCGGGUGGCUUCUUUGCCUCACUUGCUCCCCGUGCUCGUCACACCUGGUCAAUCCCAACUUCCAAUCAUGUCCCGUCAUCCGCCGUGGCUGAGGGAUUUUAUAAUCUCCCCUGGCGUCGAGAUGAAGGAGAAGUUGUCGAACAAGUCAUCAAUUGGCCUGAACGUCAAUCGGUUGAGGAUCAACUCACUGCUGUCCCGGACGAAGACGGUCCUCCGACAGCAGUCCGCAUUGUUUCUGAAACUCCCACUCGGCCAACUAUUGCUCAAGAUAGUCCUAUGAGUGCUGCCUUUGAUGUGGGUCAGGUCCAGGAGAUCCCUCGGUCUGGGAAUGGCUAUGAGUACGACGAACUCUAUGACAAGGACCUGCACGACCGGGCGAUGGUCAGCCUUGACCGAACCAGCGUUUGGCUUGCUGCCCAAGCAUCCUACUUGGCCGCUCUCAGUGAAACCAACCCGGUGAACGAGAUCGGCCCCACUGAGAGACAUUCCGAUCUUAAUGAAAGCGAUGUACAGGACUCGGCAACAGACUCUGCUCCCAAGAAGGCUGUCCGGUUUGCCGAAGGAAGUCCUCAAGUUCACAGCCCACCACCGCCGGUGCACGCCAGUAGGGACUCAAUCUAUUGGCGAGGUUUCCAAGCUAUCUGGCAGCGUUCUGGUCACACCGACGGGUUCCUGCAUCGCAAUGUGCGCUUUGAUGCCAUUCAAUCCAUUCGUUUGGGGUUGGAGGACCUUCAUAUCAACUGCCUCACGGGCAAGUAUGAAUUGGUUCGGCCGGAGCGACCUCCAUACAAAGGCCCCUUCUCCCAAGCGCCUCGAAACUCCAUCGUCACCUCGGUGCUCGCCGAGAAAGCGCAAUUCGACAAGAUAGAAAAAGAACAGCUUGUGCUGGCCCAGCUCAUGCAACCCAUGUGGGCCGUCGACGCGCUUCGUUUCCUCAACGGCGGCCGACUGCUGGCCAGUCCGGCGAACAAGCGGAUUGCACGAGCACAGGCGCAACCAAACCCUUCCCCGGAGAAGAAGAAGAAGAGGAAAUGCACCCUUCGAAUUCUGGACCUCGGUGGUCAAGCUUCAUGCGAGUGGGCGUGGCAUGCCGCCCAUGAGUUCCCAAAUGCCAAGGUCUACACGGUUCAUACCAAGAAUCAGAUCGUCAACAGCGCAAUCAAGGGUCCGCCAAACCAUCGUCUGGUUGAUGUGGCUCAUCUGUGGGCGCUACCAUUUGCCAAUAAUCAAUUUGAUGUCAUCUCCGCUCGCUGCUUGCAUGCUCUCCUGAAAGCUGAAUGUCCCACCGGCCUGCUCCGAGACGAGUUUGAUUUGGUCCUCAGGGAGUGUUUCCGCUGUCUGAAGCCAGGCGGUUAUCUCGAAUUCCUGGUCCUGGAUGCGGAGAUCUCGCGUGCGGGCCCAUACGCAUCGGCGACCUCAGUGGAGUUUGCAUUCAACCUGCGUACGCGUGGGUAUGAUCCUGUCCUAUCGAAAAGCUUUCUCUCUCGUCUCCAUCGCAGUGGGUACACAGACAUCAAGCGCGCCUGGAUGUUCCUUCCCGUCGGCGUGGAGCCUGCUGAGCAACCUCCACCGAGGGAGACUCCUGCCCCUCGAGUCCAGAGUCAGAUUGAGGAGUACGAGGCAGUUCAGGGACCUGUUGGCAGCACCGGUGACAUUGCUAGUUUGACUGGUCUGCUGGGAGGAUGGAUGUGGGAACAGUGGCUGGUGAAGUUGCGCAUGGAGAUGGGUCGUGAGAGGUCGAAGCUGCUCGAGGGGGUUGGGGCGUUGUUUGAUGAAGGCCGGAAGAAUGGUGCUGGUUGGACUUGCCUGUCGGGGUGGGCGAUGAAGCCAAGGAGAAGGCAGUCGGCGUGA